AUCACAUGCGGCGGGGCCGGGCCGUGCCGGGCCGUGCCGGGCCGGGCUGGGCUGGGCUGGGCACGGCGGAGCGCUCCCGCGGCCGGCACGGCAGCAGCGCGGCCCCUUCCAGCCCCACCGGCCUCCCCCCGCAGAAGGGACCCUGCCGGAGCCGCCGCCGCCCCGGGAUGGGGUCGGGCCGGAGAGACGGUACCUGUGCGGGGAGGUGAGCGGAGCCCCGGCGCCUUCCGCCCGGCCCCGGGCAGCCACAGCGGCGGGGAAGAGGAAGGGCUGGAGGAAGGUAAAGGGAGAUAUCUAUACAUACAUAUAUAUAUAUAUAUAUUUAACUCUAUCUAUAUAUUUCGCUGCGAUCAACCCCGAUCCCGCAAUCGAAGCCCCCGGAGGGAGAAGUGCUGCGCGCUGUGAUGCGUCUUCCUCUCACCUCGGCUGCCAGUUUGGAUUGUAGCGCCCGGCUCCGUGCACUGAGAGAAUGGCUCGGUUCGGGGAUGAUCUGCCAACCCGCUAUGGAGGCGGAGGGCCGGCCGGGGCUGGAAGAGGGAGCAGCCGGCAAGGUGGCCCCCAAGCCGGCCAAAGGAUGUAUAAGCAGUCGAUGGCUCAGAGGGCCAGGACUAUGGCUCUCUACAACCCCAUCCCUGUCAAACAGAACUGCUUCACAGUCAACAGAUCCCUCUUCAUCUUCAGUGAAGAUAAUGUUAUACGGAAAUAUGCCAAGAGAAUAACAGAAUGGCCUCCAUUUGAAUAUAUGAUUUUAGCUACAAUCAUAGCCAACUGUAUUGUGCUGGCUCUGGAACAACAUUUGCCGGAUGGAGACAAGACACCUAUGUCAGAGAGAUUGGAUGACACUGAGCCGUACUUUAUUGGAAUAUUUUGCUUUGAAGCUGGUAUAAAAAUCAUCGCUCUGGGGUUUGUUUUUCAUAAAGGCUCUUACCUCCGGAACGGUUGGAACGUGAUGGAUUUUGUUGUGGUCCUCACAGGGAUUCUAGCAACCGCUGGGACUGAUUUUGACCUGCGGACCCUGCGAGCCGUCCGAGUGUUGCGACCCCUGAAGCUCGUGUCAGGAAUCCCAAGCUUGCAGGUUGUCCUCAAGUCCAUCAUGAAGGCGAUGGUGCCCUUGCUUCAGAUCGGACUGCUCCUCUUCUUUGCCAUUGUGAUGUUUGCCAUCAUCGGGCUGGAGUUUUACAUGGGGAAGUUCCAUAAAACCUGCUUCUCUAAUGAGACGGGUGAUGAGGUGGGAGAUUUCCCUUGUGGAGAGGAGCCUCCUGCCAGGCAGUGUGAGAGUGGGACCACCUGCAGGGAGUACUGGCAAGGACCCAACUACGGCAUCACCAACUUUGACAAUAUCCUCUUUGCUGUGCUCACCGUCUUCCAGUGCAUCACCAUGGAGGGAUGGACCGACAUCCUCUACAACACAAACGAUGCUGCAGGAAAUACCUGGAACUGGCUUUACUUCAUCCCUCUCAUCAUCAUUGGCUCUUUCUUCAUGCUCAACUUGGUGCUGGGCGUCUUAUCAGGUGAAUUUGCCAAAGAACGAGAGAGGGUAGAAAAUCGUCGGGCUUUCCUGAAACUCCGCAGGCAGCAGCAAAUUGAACGGGAGCUAAAUGGAUACUUGGAGUGGAUCUUCAAAGCAGAGGAGGUAAUGCUGGCAGAGGAAGACAGGAAUGCAGAAGAGAAAUCUCCUCUGGACGGGAGGGCCGCCUCGGAAGGGCCGAUUCAACAAGGCACCGCACCGGCAGAGACUAGCAGCGGCAGCAGCUACAACAUGUUGAAAAGAGCUGCGAUAAAGAAGAGCAAAAACGACCUGAUUCAUGCUGAAGAAGGUGAGGACCAUUUCACAGACAUUUGCUCCGUUGGGUCUCCUUUUGCCCGUGCCAGUUUGAAGAGUGGGAAGAACGAGAGCUCAUCCUACUUCAGGAGGAAAGAGAAGAUGUUCCGGUUCUUCAUCCGGCGCAUGGUGAAAGCUCAGAGCUUCUACUGGGUCGUCCUCUGCGUGGUUGCCCUCAACACACUCUGCGUUGCGAUGGUGCACUAUGACCAGCCAGAGAAGCUCACCACUGCGCUGUAUUUUGCAGAGUUUGUUUUUCUGGGUCUGUUCCUUACUGAGAUGUCUUUGAAGAUGUAUGGGCUGGGGCCAAGGAAUUACUUCCACUCUUCAUUCAACUGCUUUGACUUUGGGGUGAUCGUGGGAAGUAUAUUUGAAGUCAUUUGGGCUGCAGUGAAACCAGGUACCUCCUUUGGCAUCAGUGUCCUGAGAGCGCUUCGACUGCUGAGGAUAUUCAAAGUAACAAAGUACUGGAAUUCCCUGAGGAAUCUGGUGGUCUCCUUGCUGAACUCCAUGAAGUCCAUCAUCAGUUUGCUUUUCCUGCUCUUCCUCUUCAUUGUGGUGUUUGCUUUGCUGGGGAUGCAGCUGUUUGGAGGACAAUUCAAUUUCCAAGAUGAAACACCAACCACGAAUUUUGAUACCUUCCCUGCUGCCAUCCUCACAGUAUUCCAGAUCCUGACAGGGGAAGACUGGAAUGCUGUGAUGUACCACGGGAUAGAGUCACAGGGCGGCGUUCGCUCGGGGAUGUUCUCCUCCAUUUACUUCAUCGUCCUCACGUUGUUUGGUAACUAUACUCUCCUGAAUGUCUUCUUGGCUAUUGCUGUGGACAAUCUGGCAAAUGCCCAAGAGCUGACCAAGGAUGAGGAGGAGAUGGAGGAAGCCACCAAUCAAAAGCUCGCCCUGCAAAAGGCCAAGGAGGUGGCAGAAGUCAGCCCCAUGUCUGCAGCCAACAUCUCCAUAGCUGCCAAGCAGCAGAACUCCUCCAAAUCCAAGUCUGUUUGGGAGCAGAGGACCAGCCAGAUCCGGAUGCACAAUUUCCGAGCCAGCUGCGAGGCGCUGUACAACGAGCUGGAUCCAGAGGAGCGGGUGCGUUACGCCACCACCCUUCACAUCAGGCCGGACAUGAAGACUCAUUUGGACCGACCACUGGUGGUAGAGCCGAGGAGCGAAGGGAGGAACAGCAUCAGCAAGCUGAGUCCUGUGGAUGUGCAGGAGGUGGAGCAGACCAAAGUCAGCUCUGGUGAUGGGACAGAACCUCCACGAAAGCACCAUCGACAUCGGGAUAAAGACAAACUGGGAGAGCAAGAGAAGGGUGAUGUGACCAAGGAUGAGAACGGGGAACCUGGUGUCAACAAUAAGGAGGAGCGGCACAGGCAGCACCGGAGCCGCAGCAAGGAGGUGGAAGGGGGAAGUAAGGAAGGGAAAAGUGAUCGGAACAGGGGUCAGGAGGGGGGAAAGAGGCACCAUCGCAGGGGUUCGGUGGAUGAAGGUGGUGAGAAGGAGCACCGCAGGCACCGGCCUCACCGGCACUCUGCCGACCGGCAAGGCAAGGAAGGCAAUGGGACAAUCAACGGGGCCAGGAGCGAGCGACGUUCCCGACACCGGGGAGGGUCGAGGUCUGGGAACCGGGAAGGGGAGCCCGGGUCCAAGGGCGAGAACGGAGAAGAGCCUCACAGACGGCACAGGUUCAGGAACAGGGCGCUGUCAACCUACGAUUCAGUGGAGAAGGAGAACGGGGAGAAGGAGGGGGAGGCUGGCGAGAAGGAGCACCGGAAUCAUCAGCCCAAGGAGAAUAAGUGUGAGAUUGAGGCUAGUGGAAGUGUGAGUGUCCCUGUGCACACCCUUCCCAGCACCUACCUGCAGAAGGUGCCGGAGCAGCCAGAAGAUGCUGACAACCAGAAGAACGUGACACGGAUGAUUCAGCCACCGCUGGACAAAACCACCACUGUGAACAUCCCUGUCACCAUCACUGCCCCACCGGGGGAGACCACUGUCAUACCAAUGAACAACGUUGAAUUUGAAAGUAAAACAGAGGAGAAGAAAGACGUCGAUGACUUGACAAAAAAUGGGCCUAAACCAAUCUUGCCUUACAGUUCCAUGUUUAUCCUAAGUCCUACAAAUCCGAUUCGGCGCCUUUUCCACUACAUCGUCAACCUGCGCUAUUUCGAGAUGGUCAUCCUCAUAGUUAUAGCCCUCAGCAGCAUUGCUCUGGCUGCAGAAGACCCUGUCCAAGCGGAGUCACCAAGGAAUGAUGCUCUGAAAUACUUGGAUUAUAUAUUUACGGGUGUCUUUACCUUUGAGAUGGUGAUCAAGAUGAUUGACCUGGGGCUGUUACUCCACCCUGGCUCCUACUUCCGUGACCUGUGGAAUAUCCUGGACUUCAUUGUGGUCAGUGGGGCCUUGGUGGCAUUUGCCUUCUCAGGAACCAAAGGCAAGGACAUCAACACGAUCAAGUCACUGCGAGUUCUGCGAGUCCUAAGACCACUGAAGACCAUUAAACGGCUGCCAAAACUAAAGGCUGUCUUUGACUGCGUGGUGAAUUCCCUGAAGAAUGUCCUCAAUAUCCUCAUCGUUUACAUGCUCUUCAUGUUCAUUUUUGCUGUCAUUGCUGUGCAGCUCUUCAAAGGCAGGUUCUUCUACUGCACUGAUGAGUCAAAGGAGCUGGAGAAGGACUGCAGGGGUCAGUACCUCGAUUAUGAAAAAAAUGAGGUGGAGGCACAGCCCAGGGAAUGGAAAAAAUACGAGUUCCACUAUGACAACGUGCUCUGGGCUCUGCUCACGCUCUUCACUGUCUCCACAGGAGAAGGGUGGCCAACUGUGCUGAAGCACUCGGUGGAUGCCACCUACGAGGAACAGGGCCCCAGCCCUGGCUACCGAAUGGAAAUGUCUAUCUUUUACGUGGUGUAUUUUGUUGUCUUCCCUUUUUUCUUUGUGAACAUCUUUGUGGCGUUAAUCAUCAUCACCUUCCAAGAGCAAGGAGAUAAAGUGAUGUCAGAGUGCAGCCUUGAGAAAAACGAGAGGGCCUGCAUAGACUUCGCCAUAAGUGCCAAGCCACUGACCCGCUACAUGCCUCAGAACAAGCAAUCUUUUCAGUACAAGAUGUGGAAAUUUGUGGUGUCCCCUCCCUUUGAGUAUUUUAUCAUGGUCAUGAUUGCACUCAAUACCAUUGUCCUCAUGAUGAAGUUCUAUGAUGCUCCAGAAGCAUACGAAGAAAUGUUGAAAUGCCUGAAUAUUGUGUUUACAUCCAUGUUUUCAAUGGAAUGUGUGCUGAAGAUCAUUGCCUUUGGUGUGCUGAAUUAUUUCCGGGAUGCCUGGAAUGUCUUUGAUUUUGUAACAGUGCUGGGAAGUAUUACUGAUAUUUUAGUAACAGAGAUUGCGGACAACUUCAUCAACCUCAGCUUCCUGCGGCUCUUCAGGGCAGCCAGACUUAUCAAGCUCCUCCGGCAGGGUUACACUAUCCGCAUCUUGCUCUGGACAUUUGUGCAGUCGUUUAAGGCCUUGCCUUAUGUGUGUCUCCUCAUUGCAAUGCUCUUCUUCAUCUAUGCCAUCAUUGGCAUGCAGGUAUUUGGGAACAUUGCUCUAGAUGAUGAAACCUCCAUUAAUAGGCACAAUAACUUCCGCACCUUCCUCCAAGCCCUGAUGCUUCUGUUCAGGAGUGCCACGGGAGAAGCCUGGCAUGAGAUCAUGCUGUCGUGCCUGAGCAACAGAGCCUGCGACCCUCUCUCCGGCCUCACCAAAAACGAAUGUGGCAGCGACUUUGCCUAUUUCUACUUCGUGUCGUUCAUCUUCCUCUGCUCCUUCCUGAUGUUAAACCUGUUUGUGGCUGUGAUCAUGGACAACUUUGAAUACCUGACAAGAGACUCCUCCAUCCUUGGGCCCCAUCAUUUGGAUGAGUUUGUUCGUGUCUGGGCUGAAUAUGACCCAGCUGCCUGUUGCCGGAUUCAUUAUAAGGAUAUGUACAAUUUGUUACGUGUUAUUGCUCCACCCCUGGGCUUAGGAAAGAAGUGCCCUCAUAGGGUGGCCUACAAGCGCCUGGUGCGGAUGAACAUGCCGAUCUCACCUGAAGAUUUAACCGUCCACUUCACGUCCACACUGAUGGCCCUGAUCCGCACUGCCCUGGAAAUCAAGCUCGCCUCAGGCGGUGUUAAGCAGCACCAGUGUGAUGCGGAGUUGAGGAAGGAGAUCUCGCUGGUUUGGCCCAACCUGUCCCAGAAGACUCUGGAUUUGCUGGUGCCUCCUCACAAACCUGAUGAGAUGACCGUGGGGAAGGUGUAUGCAGCACUGAUGAUAUUUGACUUCUACAAGCAGAAUAAGAACAGCAGGGAACAAGUCCACCAGCCACCUGGAGGCCUCUGCCAGCCUGGACCGGUGUCACUCUUCCACCCCCUGAAGGCCACUUUGGAGCAAACCCAACCUGCAGCAUUCAGCAAUGCAAAGGCUUUCCUUCGCCAAAAGAGCUCAGCAUCACUCAACAAUGGGGGUGCCUUGCCAGCCCCAGAAGGUGGGAUCAAAGAGUCCAGUUCUUGGGGGACCCAGCGCACCCAGGAUGUGUUUUAUGAAACCAGGACACCAGCUUUUGAGAGAGGCCACUCAGAAGAAAUCCCCAUUGAACGGGUGGUAGAAAUGAGGGAAAUCAGCCCCACACUUGCCAAUGGAGAGCACCAACCAGGCCUGGAGAGCCAGGGGCGGGCAGCUUCCAUGCCGCGCCUGGCUGCUGAAACUCAGCCCAUCCCGGACACAAGCCCCAUGAAGCGCUCCGUCUCCACGCUGACCCCGCAGCGUCCUCACCCCAUGCACCUCUACGAGUACUCCUUGGAGCGCAUGCCGCCGGAACAAGUACAUCACCACCACCACCACCGCUGCCACCGGCGGAAAGAGAAGAAGCAGAAGUCCUUGGACAGGUCCCCCCAUCAGCUGGCCGAUGGACAAGCUGUGGCCCAUUCUGGGGAGUCUUCUUCCAAGGACAAGAAGCAGGAACGCGGCCGGUCCCAAGAGAGGAAGCAGCACUCUUCCUCCUCCUCUGAAAAGCAGCGCUUCUACUCCUGCGACCGCUACGGCAGCCGGGACCGUUCUCAGCCCAAGUCUGCUGAUCAGAGCAGGCCCACCUCACCCAACGGAGGGCCAGAGCAAGGUCCACACAGACAGGGCAGUGGUUCAGUUAAUGGGAGCCCCUUGCUGUCGACAUCUGGUGCUAGUACCCCAUGCCGGGGUCGGAGGCAGCUCCCACAGACUCCACUCACCCCACGCCCCAGCAUCACUUACAAGACCGCUAACUCCUCGCCCGUGCACUUCACCACUUUCCAACCUGUCCUGCCCACCUUCUCCCCGGGACGCCUGAGCCGCGGCUUGUCCGAGCACAACGCGCUGCUGCGGGGGGACCAGCAGCCGCCGGUGGUGGCCCGCAUCGGCUCCGACCCCUACCUGGGCCACCGCGACGACGCCGACAGCCCCUACCAUGCGGUGCCGGAGGACACGCUCACCUUCGAGGAGGCCGUGGCCACCAACUCGGGACGGUCCUCAAGGACUUCUUACGUCUCCUCCUUGACCUCCCAAUCUCACCAAAUCCGCAGGGUGCCCAACGGUUACCAUUACACGCUGGGUCUCAACACGGGCCCCGGGACUGGCACCAGAGGACGUAGCUACUACCACGAAGCCGAUGAGGAUGACUGGUGCUAGCGGAGUGGCAAAACCCUUCAAAGUGUGCGUGCUUAAAAUCGAUGAGUUUUAUCAUCUGGAAGGCUGUGCGCUCCGAUGCGCGCAGUGCCCGGGGCUGGAGGGUACCCACGGGGUAGCCCCUAUUGCAAGAACUGCUCUGCCCCCAGGUCUGGAGACGCUCCUGCAGCCUCUCUCUUCAAUUUUUCUUUAGUUUUUCUUUUUUUUUGUUUGUUUUCUUUUUGUUUUUCACUAGACAAAUGGAGGCAGAAGGCUCCCUCCUUAGGGGGAAGGCAGCGUGUGGAGUGCAUCUCUCUCCCCCUGUCGCCUCCCUACUGCCUUGUCUAGUUCAGAGACACGCACCAGAUGCCAAGUCUGCAACACGAGUGAGAAGCCAAGAGAAGAGCGGUCCUCACCUUCCACAUCAGAAGAGCAGACAGUCGACCCUUCCCGAGAUUGGCACUGGUUUUUGUUUGGGCUGUUUCUGACUUGAUUUCACAUUCUGUUUUUGCCCCUGGUCAGGGUGGGAGUCUGGGAGUUGCAAAUGGACACAACACAUGAACAAAGCUCGUAUCCGCGGUUUAUCCCGCUCACCGCUAAGAUGGAAGAGAUCUACCCACGAAACUGGGAGAGGAGAAACACAGACCAGAACAAAGGACAGUCCACUGGGACUUGAUGUUCAGCCACAGCAAUCCUUGUCGGCAGAGCCAGUGCCAUGCUCCAGAGCUGCCUGAGCAUUGAGGCAGCUGGGACUCUGCUCCGACACCGCUGCCGUGUGGAUCUCUUUUACUUCACUCACCACGUUGGGUCCUUCACACUGACACAUGAUAAAGCCACAAGAGAGCUACUUUGUAAGGACUGUUUCCUUGCUGCUGAGACUUCUCUUUCCGUCCCUCUCUCCUGUUGACCGCAACACGCCCUCACUGUUUUGUCUUGUUUACAAUAUAAGCUUGAUUUAGCAAAAAAAAAAACAACAAAAAAACAACUAAAAAAUAGACAAACCCAGACAAAAAAAAAAGGAGGAAAAAGGUUAGGGAUGAGAAGAAGAAAAUGUUAUUGGUUUUAUAUCAAGCUAUUAGAUAGAACUUUAACUUUUCAUUGUGUGCAUUUUUGUAAAUUGUACAGUAAAAAAAAAAAAGAAAAAAAAAGGAAAAAAAAUUACUCUUUAUGUAGAGAAUUAGUCCAAUUGUCAUUCCAGGUCCCACCGUUUCUACCGAAUGCUCCAGUUGUUCACUACUAAGUGCCUAACCUUUGAAAUCUUUCACAGCGAUGAUGCAACCUCUCGCUUCGAUGCAUCAGCCCUUGAGGCGAGCGUGGGGAGGAGCAGGAGGGGAGGGAGGGCAGGGCCCCGGGGUACCGCGGCAUGGUGCUGGGUAUCGCAGUGCCAGGUUGGAAGCUUACAGUGGGGAAGGCAAAGAUGCUUUGGGGUUGGUUUGGGUUUUGUUGGCCUUUUUAUUUCUUCUUCUUUUUUAUAUAUCUACCUGUACUUUUCUGGGUAGGAGGGGUGUGGUUGCAGCAAACAAACCCGGCCUUUUCUCAUUGACCAGUGUUUAGGUCCUGCGGGAGAGAUGCAGGUGGAAAAGUACAGCAUCUGCAGAGAAGCUCUUCUCUUGCAGGAGAAGCAGUGUCCUUCACACUGCGUGUCAAGUCGCAGUCGGGCUGCGAGAGCUCUGGCCAUGUUCCAUGGUGCAUAACUUGUGUUGAGGGCAGUUGGAGAGAGUCUUGGGUUUAUUGCCUGUUAAGAGAAGGUUAAAAUAAUGAUAAUACAAAGCAAAACCUCUAACUCUGAUUCUCAGGGAUGAGAUUUUUGUGUUCUCGCAAUGACUCUUGUGUUGGAUGAUUUCUUUCUUUCGUGCACAUGUGGAUUUCUGCACUUUGAGCCUUGGGAAAAGGGCAAAUACGACGUGCUGCUGGGGAGGGAGCACUGAAGGAAAAGUCCUGGGCAGGACCUUGUGUCCAUGGGUCUGAUGAACCAUUGUAGGGCUAAUCUGGGGCACAGGGACCUGUAGUAUGCUGACAAAAGGUUGAAAGAGAAUGGGUGGGAGGUGCCAGAUGAGCACACCACUAAAAGCAAUGAUAGGGAAGAAGAGAGGGUUGGACAGCUGAUUUUUUUCAGAGGAUCUAUCAAGCCCCAGAACUGUGAAACUUCUUAGGAUGGGUGUUGACCCUGCUGGACCCUGGGGAUUCCUUUUGUAUCUGGGGUGAUUGGAGGGUAUGGGAUGCUACCACAAUGCUCUCAUGCUCUCAGCAAGUGUUUCAGCCUCAGGCAGGGAGCAGUCUGCUGUAGGGUGGUUCUUCACAUCUGUAGCUCUUCUGUUGAGUAAAUUCAACCUGUUUUCGUUUCCUUCUGUGGUUUUCUGUUUUGUUUUGUUCUGUUACUAAAUAAUAAUCUCUGGCUAAUCUCAUCCCUGGAUUCUGCUAAAGGAUAACUCCUGUCUAUAUCUCUGUCUCUGUAUUUGUGUGCACUUUGAAUAAAGGAAGUGCAGUAGCCGGAGGGCUGCCGUGGGUAACAGCUGUGAUUUGCAAACGGAGGGCUAUGCAACAAGAUGACACGUUCAGAAACACAUCCAAACCACCAACAGCCCGAAAGACCUUCAUCCAUUCUGUAGCUUUAUCUGCUGGAUUUUCCUGUUUCAGGCUUCAGCAUGAUUGUGACCAAAUGUUUUAUACAUUUUCCUUAUAUGAAGGCACAAACACUUUAUUUGGGAUUUUAAUGAAAAUGUUCCUAUUUUACUCCAGGAAGUAAAGGAGAGGGAAACCACAAUCUCUCUGCCAGUGCAUGCAAACAUUGUACCCAAACUGGAAAGCAAAAGAGGUGUCUUUCCAUAUGGAAAAACUUUGUCUUUCCCCUUCCUCUACCAUUGUAGACACUCAAGCCCCCAGUCCCACACUAACACACCAUCUGGAAGCGCACAGCCAAAACCCAUGGCCCUUGGGUCACUCCAAUUCUUAGGUAGAACAUGAAGAAGAACCUCAAGUUGUCCAGUCCUCCACCUGCCUCGUAGGGGUCGAUGCCAGUGACAGACAAGCCUGACCACAGUUGUUCAUAACCCUUUUCCCCCCUUUUUUUACAGCCUCUCUGCUGUCUCUUCAAUGCAUACAUGAUAUUUCCAAGAAUCCUCAUAGUGAGUUGCCAAACUUGAAUUGCACCAAUCAGUUUUCUGCAUCCAGAAACCAGUCUCGUAUUGGCUGUACUUUGACUAAGUAAUGUUUGCAUGUAAAAUAUAUACAUAUAUACAUAUCUAUAAAAAAAGUAUGUGCAUGGAAAAUGUUUAUCUUCGUACUUUUUUGAUACAAUGUAUUCAUCAGUUGUUAAUUUUUAAUUAUAUUUGAUAUAAAUUGGGGGUUUGUUGCAAAACUUUAUAUUUAAAAAAACAGUGUUAAAAACGAUGAAAGUUCCAACAAUGCAACACAAGUGGAACUUUACCCAAAAAAAAAAGGGGGAAAAAACAAAA